UGAACCUGAGGGCGCCUUUAAAUGGUUCAAACCAUGUUGAAGCAGGCCGGGGGGGCAGGAGGAGUCAUCCCUGCUCUCUAGACUUGACUUGGAUCUUUUAAAACCAAUUUUCUGCAGGCGUAAAAAAAAAUGUCCAACACCCUAAAGUCAACCGUUGAAACUGUCGAUCAACGGUUACCUCAUUAACAGAAGCUCACAACUACAAUGGCACCUUGCUUCUUAGACCCAACGGAAGAAGAUGCUGAUGUGGGAUCAGCGAGGUCCGGUGAGAAGAAAAGUGUCGUUUUACAGCAGCAUGGAGAAGUGCAGCUUCAGCAUGGCCGUGUCAGUUUCCGCCAGGCGCAUGCACGCCGCAGACUUGACGACCACAUACACGUUUGGAGCAUAUGCUCCGGGCUGGACCGCAUGCAUGACACAACGCAAAGGCGAGAAACCCACCAUCAGCAUUCAAGAGCACAUGGCCAUUGACGUGUGCCCCGGCCCCAUCCAGCCCAUCAGGCAGAUCUCUGACUACUUCCCCCGUUACCCGCGGGGCCUACCCCCUGCUGCACCCCAGCAAGCGGGCCACAUCGGGCCCCUGCGCUCUGCCCUCUCCACCUCUGCGGCCGCCGCCUCUGCGACCGCCGCCGCCUCUGAAAGCGAUCGCCCCAAUGAGGACAGCCCUGAGCGGGCGUGUGCUGGAGCCUCCGCCUCCUUGCAGGCCGUCAAGAGGGACGAGGAGCCGGACGUGGAGGGAUACGACUCAGACGACUCCACCACACUGGGAACCUUGGAGUUUAGUUUGCAGUAUGACCAGGAGAACAAUGCACUGCACUGCACCAUUAACAAAGCCAAGGGGCUCAAACCGAUGGACCACAACGGGCUCUCAGAUCCUUAUGUCAAACUGCACCUACUGCCUGGCGCCAGCAAGGCCAAUAAACUCAGAACCAAGACCCUGCACAACACACUCAACCCCGUCUGGAACGAGACCCUGACCUACUACGGCAUCACCGAUGAGGAUAUGGUCCGCAAAACUCUCAGGAUCUCAGUGUGUGAUGAGGACAAAUUCCGCCACAAUGAGUUUAUCGGGGAAACCCGUAUUCCCCUCAAGAAGCUGAAGCCCAACCAAGUCAAAAACUUCAACAACUGCCUGGAAAAACAGUUACCAGUCAAUAAGACAGAGGACAAGUCUCUGGAGGAACGGGGACGUAUUAUGAUUUCUCUCAAGUACAACACCCAGAAGUCUUGCCUGGUAGUGGGCAUCAUUCGCUGCGCUCACCUUGCUGCCAUGGAUGCCAACGGCUUCUCCGACCCCUACGUCAAAACGUACCUGAAGCCUGACGAGAACAAAAAGUCGAAGCACAAGACCGCUGUGAAGAAGAAGACUCUCAAUCCUGAGUUCAAUGAGGAGUUCUGUUACGACAUAAAAUAUGCAGACCUCACUAAGAAGACCCUGGAAAUCACCGUGUGGGACUACGACAUAGGAAAGUCAAACGAUUUCAUCGGCGGAGUAUCUCUGGGCAUCAACGCAAAUGGAGAGAGGCUCAAACACUGGUUCGACUGCCUCAAAAACAAGGACAAAAAAAUUGAACGCUGGCACACGCUGACCAAUGAGUUACCCGGCUCAAUGAAUGACUGAAGACCUGCAUCCUGUCAUGAAACCCAAUGGCCUCCAGCCCCACCUGGCCGCACCGAUUGGAUCCUGCUUGCAUAUCCUCAGCUCUUCUCUCGAUUUUUCUCACGUUGGGCAUCUAACUCCUCUCUUUGGGAAUAUAUUUCCUGUUAACAGGGCUCAAAUUAUAUUUUCCACAUCUUGCACAUUAAAAACAUGACUUGCACGGCUGCUGAUGUAUUCUCGUUUCUAGAGAUAUUGAGUCAACACAGAGAAUGAUAUGGUUCGUGCUGUUGACUCGUAAGCUUUUCUGCUUUCUUGCAUGAUCAGUGAAGUUAAAAGAAGCAAAUACUUUCUGUUUGAUGAGGCCUUUUACAGCAGCUGAAUAAAUUUCAACAGACAUGAAGCGGGAGAGAAACAAAACAUCCCUGUACAAACCUUGCUAUGUGAAAUACAGCAGAAAUGUAGGCAAGAAUGUGACUGAAAAACUAAAAGAGUAGCAAAUCGUUCCUAAUGUGCUUCGUAUCAAACGAACAUUUGCCUAUCAGCCUGUUUCUAACAUUUAGUGUUGUAAAGACAAACCUGUGUGGGAAGAUGUUGCCAUUUAAUAUUAUUGAUUUAACAUUUUACACAACAGACUGAGCUGCGGUGGUAGUUGCUGAAGAACAGUGUCAUUUAAAUAUUAUUGUCCCAUCCAAGUUCCUGUUUAAAUAAAGGAAUUGCCAAUUGGGUUGACUAAAGAAUCAAACACAUAAUUAAAAAUUUCACCAUCAUUGACAACCUGCUUGAAUUUCACAACGCAUCUUUAAUCCAAGCCUUCGUCUAUAGACCUGAUAAGUUUUCGAAUAAUCCAAACAAUGUCCAAGCAGGAACAGUUUCCAAUCUUUUAGUAAAACAAUAAAAAAAAAAGCAGUUCCUUACGUUUUGUAUUUCAGAUUUUGAGGCUACGGAGCUGAAAAGUCCACUUGAUACUCAUGGAUUCACACAUUUUCUUCAGAAACAUGAUCUUGCCAUAGUGACCUAACAUGCUUCCACUCCAGCAUCAGAUCUUGAUUUAUGUCAUAAAAUGUGCUUUUAUUUAGCUAAAAAACAAUCUGAGGGUCAGAAAUCAACAAAUCCUGGCAGGAAGAGCACACAAGUGGAUAAAGUUGCUGCCUCUGGCCAGAUGACACUGAUAUGUAAGGGGUUAAUAUUUUUUUAAAAGGAGGCAGAUGUUUUGACAUCUAAUGAACAAGGGUAGCACUUCUACCUGUUUAAGAGAAAUGAAGUAGCUUUUGAGCUUAAAGGCCUGUAGGAUCAAUUGUCGUGACCCAGCAGGUUGACAGUCAAACAGGAGCAAGAUGGAAUGCAAUUAAAACUAAUUAAAAGUGUCUCAUUUUGUCUGUGAUUAGCCUUAAAUGGGACAAUACAUGAUUUUUAGACCAUUAAUGUAAAACAAAGAAACCAACCAAAAGGCAGCUGUGACUUGCCAAAGAGUGUUGAUGUUUCAUUUGGAACAACCGGCUAAAGCGUCAAUCAAGAAAUUUGUUGUGGCUUUGAGAACUAACAAACCAGAACCAUUACCAGGGAUUUAGAGCACUCUGUGGAAAGUCCAGUGUGUUUGUAGGUCACCAAAGUAGUGAAUGACAAAAACUGUAGUUCAAAAAAUACAAUUCUGGGAGCAUUCAGAUACAAUACUUUCUGCUCCAGUUCUGACCAGCAUUGUUACUCUGAUGUGCAUGUGUAUAUGCCAGGACUCCCAUUUCUCCCAUUUACAACAACUGUAUCUCCAGAAUACUUAAUUAGUGAUGUGUGAUGUGGUUGUGUAAAACACCAGUGCUUAGAAGCAGCUGAAGGUCUCACUUCUCCUGUGGAUUCUAUGGCACUACAGGAACAUAACUAUCUUCAAGACACCAUCUGUCCCAUCACUCAAUGUUUGUGAGUCCUUGUACAAAUACUGCUCUCACAACAUAACGAUCAGCCCAAAAGAAAAGUCACUUCAAGCUACUGCUACACAUGUGUGGUUGGGAGAAUUCAAAAUACUGAUUUACAAUCUGUCCUUUAUUUGGCUCAGACACUGAGAAAAAACAAGUUGCAGCCGAAGCUGAUUAUUGUGGGGGAAUUGUUUACCAGUUUAUUUAAUGCCACCAUUGCGCGAUGUCGGCAGAUGUUUUUUACUAAAAGGCUAAGGAAAAUUAAAACCAACAAUGAAGAGUUCAUUUCACAUGUGGCAUCUUCUGUCCUCUUCUCUCAACCAUAUGUUGUUUCUUCCCUUUAAUUUAAGAUUGUGUUUAAAGUGUUUCAUAAUCCUAGGGUAAAAGGUGUUUUAAUUAAGAGACAAGCUGUUUUUGGUGGACUAAGAAAACUGUCCUCUUCAUUUGUGGACUAUAACGAAUGUUCUGCACUGAGAUUCUUUGGGGAAAGUAGGUGGUUGUUUGUUUCAACACAACAGUUAUGGGAUGUCAUGCUGCUUUUCAAUAUGGCACAUCAUCACUCCAUAUAUGGUCAUUUAGAUACAGAACUGCCUCCAAAUGCCUUCUUUUUGUCAGAAAAGUAUAUGAUGAAAUAUACCCAUUAGGAAAGCAAAAACCACAGAGACCUUCUGAGAUCUUCUGAGAUGCACAAAGAUGGAAAUAUCUGCAAUCACCAGGCUCAGAAAAUGAAACGCAUCCUGAAGCUGUGGUUUGCUGUGUUCAGAGCCUCUAAUCAGCAGCAGAGUGACAUUCACUGGUUGACCCGCCUGGUCAAAAUCACUUGUCGAAGUCUCGACGCUGCGUGAUGGGGCAGCUCCAAAGGAGCUUACAAUGUAGUGUUUACACUGUUGAAAAUGGCUUUCAACAACAAUUUGGAUGAAAAGGUGACUGCAAGAUCGUAAAAGUCAUAAGAAGUCCUAAAUUAGGCUUUAAAAACUCAAAAGUACACCCAGGUUUUUUAUAUUAUAUCUGAAAACUAUAUUUAGUCAAGUCUAAAAUGUGUAUAUUUCUUCAUUUGUUCCUAUUGUCUUCUUUUUUCUUUUGGUGGCAUUGGUUUGUUCUACGAUUUGUAGUUCUGGGUGGGAAAGUGAGUUUCUAUGCUGUGAGAAAACUGCAAGCCCCAUGAUGCAGGGAGGCAAUUAACCCAGUCUAAAUGAAUCUAUUCAGACAUUCAGUGAAACUGGCUUAUCGACUGAAAUCAACAUAUUCUUCUUACAUUGUUCGCUAUCAGCUUCUUUGUCAUGGGAGUGCAAAUAUUUACUGUAUUUUUAUAUCAUCAAUAAUUUUUUAUGAGGUUUACUUUAUAUUGUAGCCACUAAAAUUAGGUAACCUAGGUAAAAAAGAAAAGAAGCAACAAUUUAAGCUGACAGUUCACUUUACCUAACUGCAAUGGUAUCUUUUUUCAAAAAUCCAUUUUAAAUGACACAAAAAGAAACAGAAAAGACACAAAUAGCUCCAUUUAGUUUAGGCAUAUGAAUGUAAAAACAUAAUUGUGUGCUGGACACUUUGUCUGCCAUUUGCAUCAACAAUGCAAAAGUUAUGCAAAAAUACAAUUCUAAAUCACAAAAAACUGUCCAGGGAACUCUGGGAUAAGUUGGGAUGUUAAAGGUCACUAAUUUAUUUUUCAUUAUUUAUUUAGAUCAUACAUUUAAAUUAGAGUGGUCCUAAAAAGCCUUAAAAUGAACCUACUGAAACCCUGGGGGAACCCUGACAGAAAAAAUAGAAAGUAUUAUUAAUAAUCAAAGCAUGCAUUAUUUACAGUGAUCUGUAUAUGCAAUGAUAGAAACAAUGACUACAGAAUUUGCAAACAGAUCAAUGCUAAAGUCACUUGAACUGAUCAGAAGGGCAGAGUCUUAAUGUUUCUGCAGUCUGUUUACUCCAUUAUGUAUCAGACUCAAUGUACAUCUAUGACCCCUUUUGUUCCCCAGUAAAUGCUCUGAGAAUGUGCUCCUUAAUGCUUAGAGAUGAUCAUUUUUGCUUUAUUGACCUGCCCAAAUGUUUGAACAGAACUUGAAUAAUUUAGUUUUUAAUGAUUUACGUUGAGGUUUACCACCUUGCAGCCAAGUGCCACUCAGCAAAGACUCCAAACUUGGCUCAGUAGGUUGGGAUGCAUGUCAUGUGUUUGUGACUUUAUGACUUUAAGUGCAACCUUUUCCGCAUGACCACACGCUGCCAUGCUUCUUGUAAAUUUCCACUGCACGUUCGCUGUAAAACAGACAAAGAAAUGAUCAGAAUCCCUGUCAGGCACAUCAUUUAGCUAACAGCUUCUGGUUGCUGCAAAUGAUCGGUCCGGCAUUUGUUUUCAGGAGGGUGUCGAUACCGUCAGUGUAGCUAAAUGUUUUAGUGAUCACAUCAUUUUAUCUCACUGAUUACAGCCAGGCAAAAGCUACGAGCAGCACUGCUGUCCCUUUGUUGAAAGAUCUAACCUCCAUCCAUUUACUUAGAUUUUCUUUUUCUUACAUCACACCUUUACAGCAGCUGGCGACUAAAAUCUUUGAUUCAUCUCAUCAGGCCUCACGCCUCUGUUUUAAAAGUGUUAACAGCCUUUCCAGUCGCAUUGAUUUAUGGCCAUGAAACCUUGUUGGCAUCUCAGUAUUCUCCUUGACACGGUGAACCCUCUUGCUCUCUGGUGAAUACGUAAUGAAUACACAGACACGUGGUUUUGGUUUUGUAACCUGUCUGCCUUUGUGUGCAAGCUCAAUAUUAUGAAACAAAACAAAAAAAAAUCCUAAAUGCAUGCGUAUGUUCAUGGUUUUGUCAUGAGAUGACUUUGCCUAAUGUUUGAUACUGUUUUCUGUAUAAACAAAGAAAAAUAUAUGACUGUGGAUGCUCUACAAUUAUGCUAAGAGUCGGUCUUUCUUCUGGACAACAUUUUGUACCUUGGAACACUAUCGCAUUGCCUGUUUGGCUGCUGUAUUGACUAUUUGAACGCGUGACUUGAUGUGAAUUAAAAUCCCUCCUUUUGUUUGUUGUUCUAUUUCCUUUUCAAUACUCAGGCACUUGUUUGAUUUUUUCUGGUUUGUUGAAUGUGUGAAUAUAAAUGCAUUGUAUUAAAUUAUAUUUUAGUCCUUUGCCAAAUGGGAA